CCAUGCCAGGACAUAGACAUAUACAAGACUGACAUUUUACAGACUGACAUAAAGUGCAAGACAGGACAGGUUCAGAGGAGACCUCAAAUAUGGCCUCUGCAGAAGUCAACUCUCCACUCCAGCUGAUGAGGAGCGUCAAAGAAGAGACAGAGGAGUUCAGCUUAACUGACUCUCCAUCCCAGCUGAACAUAAAAGAAGAGAGAGAAGAGUUCCCUGCUUCUCCAGAACAGCUGAACAUUAAAGAAGAGAGAGAAGAGUUCCCUGCUUCUCCAGAACAACUGCACAUUAAAGAAGAGACAAAAGAGUUUCCUGCUUCUCCAGAACAACUGAGUUUAAAAGAAGAAAGAGACGAGUUCCCUGCUUCUCCAGAACAACUGAGUUUAAAAGAAGAGAGAGAAGAGGUCCCUGGUUCUCCAGAACAACUGAACAUAAGACAAGAGAGAGAUGACCCCGCUGCUUCUCCACCUCAGCUAAGCGGCGUAAGAGAAGACAGCGAGAGAUCUGGGCAUCAGCUCCUCUGCAGUUCCAGCGGAGAGGAGUUUAGUGGAAAAACACAUUCUGCUGCCUUCACUACAGAGAGGCCAUACGUCUGCAGUCAGUGUGACAAGAGCUUCAAGUUAAAAGUAGAGCUCCAAAAGCACCAGCGUGUUCACACGGGGGAGAAACCAUUUUCAUGCACAGAGUGUGGAAAAACCUUUUCGUGCUCUUCUAACCUCUACAGACAUCGCCCCAUUCACACUGGAGAGAAGCCGUAUGCUUGCAGUGAGUGUGACAAGAGCUUCAAGACAAAAGCACAGCUCCAAAUGCACCAGCGUAUUCAUGAUGGGAAGAAACCAUUUUCAUGCAGCGACUGUGGAAAGAGUUUCACAAUUUUUGCCUACCUUCACAGACAUCGCCUCAUUCACACUGGAGAGAGGCCGUACGCUUGCAGUGAGUGUGACAAGAGCUUUAGGGCAAAAUCAGAUCUCCAAAUCCACCAGCGUGUUCACACAGGGGAUAAACCAUUUUCAUGCACAGACUGUGGAAAGAGCUUUUCAACCAAUUCCAAGCUUCGCAUACAUCAUCGCAUUCACACUGGAGAGAAGCCGUACAUUUGCAGCCAGUGUGACAAGAGCUUCAAGACAAAAGCAGAGCUUCAAAUGCACCAGCGUGUUCACACAGGGGAGAAACCAUUUUCAUGCACCAACUGUGGAAAGAGUUUCUCACAUUAUUCCCACCUUCACACACAUCAUCGCAUUCAUACUGGAGAGAGGCCGUACGCUUGCAGUGAGUGUGACAAGAGCUUUAGGACAAAAUCUAAUCUCACAAUUCACCAGCGUGUUCACACGGGGGAGAAACCAUAUUCAUGCACUGACUGCGGACAGAGUUUCACACAUUUUGCUAGCCUUCACAGACAUCGCCUCAUUCACACUGGGGAGAAACCAUUUUCAUGCACCGACUGCGGACAGAGUUUCAAUCAUUUUAAUAACCUUCACAGACAUCGCCUCAUUCACACUGGAGAGAAGCCGUACGCUUGCAGUGAGUGUGACAAGAGCUUUAGGACAAAAUCACAUCUCCAAAGCCACCAACGUGUUCACACAGGGGAGAAACCAUUUUCAUGCACCGACUGCUGACAGAGUUUCAAUCAUUUUGCCAACCUUCACAGCAGUGUUAAU